CUGCCCGUUGCCGGGCCACCACCAAUAAUGGCCACACGCACCGUGUUAGCCUGCCCGGUUGCCCGUGGCUAUGGUGUCUCGAGCUUGUUCCUCCUCGCCGUCGGCGUCGUCUUGUUGUGGUCGGGGCGACUGAUUGGAAUGUGGCUGCGCCGGGGGAUUUCCUGAUAAUCUGUGAGGCAGAUAGAGAGAGGCGGUGAUUUCUCUUGGAUCUCUAGGGCGCCCUAGCUCCAGCUCGAGGUCGGUGUUAUAAUCGAGGUAUGGGAUCCAGUAGUAGCAGAAAUCUUGAUGCUUCUAGGCUGCGCUCCAGCAGAAGGGAGCGAGGCCAUGCAUCUGAUGCUUGCCGCAACCAAUCCGAGGGAAGGGUUUCUCGCGGCCGGCAGACAGGAAUUUCGUCCGGGAGCGAUGGCGCUGCGAUAUUUCGGCUCGAUGAGGGCUCCUCGCUUCCUAGGGAUGGUGGAUCGCGGGGCAGGGAUCAGAUACAGAUCGAAAUUUCCAGGGGAUCUAGCAGCAUGGAGUCCACGGAUCGUCCCCCCGGAUGCUCGUGCACCGAGAGAGGCCGGGAGGCUCGUGAAUCGGUGAUUGUCGAGGUCGAGAAUCCCCAGAGCUCGUCAGCCGCGAGAUCGAUCGCGUCUUCUUUUGACGAGGACAAAGAGGAUGGGCUGGACAGUGACGAAGAACUCGAUAAGUUGGACAGGUCAGGCGAUGAAGAACAGGCUACUGGGUCAUCGUCGUCGUCAUCAUCGUCCUCUUCUUCUCCGCUCGCCGUGGAAAAUCCUCCUCCUUCCAGCGAAGCUACUACCAGGCAGCGAACUCCACAGCAACUGGCUCGUGAUUCCAACCAGUUUUUCGACGAGAUCCCCGUCGAUCUCGUGCGUGCCGUGGAUCACUCCGGGCGAGAGUCGCGACGCAACAGUGGGAGGAGGUUCUGGGACGCCUUGACGAGGGCGGCAUCGCACCGACGCAGCACCGCUCCUAUCACCAUUGUGGCGAUCGAGGAGAUCGAUGACAAUGGCUCCUCCACCAGCCGCUGGAACUUUCAACACUGGAGGAGCUCGUCCGAUGCCGAGCACACGGAAGGUGACAGAGCCAUGGACUGGGAAGAACGAAGACGACACGUUCGUUCACAUGUUUGGGCGCUGCAACGACUUAGCGGGGGUCUCCAAAUUUCUCAUGGCCACGAAAGAAGCUGUCCUGCCGCUGGGCAGUUCAAUGGCCACUGUUCCUGUGAAACUCAAGCCAGUGAAGACUCUAGCACGAGAGCAAGCAUCUCACGCAUUAUCAUGCUUGCGGAAGCACUAUUCGAGGUGCUUGACGAGAUCCACAGGCAAUCAGUAGCACUGUCGCAGUCUGCGAGUAUGCCUUUGGCAUUGCUUCCUGCUCCAGAUACAGUAGUGAAUUCGAUCCCGGUUCGUUCUUACAAAAGGGCCGAGGAAGCUGCACAGUGUCACAUAUGCUUGGUGGAAUAUGAGGAAGGGGAUCAGAUCCGGGUUCUGCCGUGUCAACAUGAGUACCACCAGGCCUGUGUCGACAAGUGGCUCAAAGAAGUUCAUAGGGUGUGCCCCUUGUGCAGGGGAAACGUUUGUUCCAAAACCAUCCCUGCGACGGGAAACGCGGAAGCAGGGAUGUAGUCAAUCUGUAUAUAGACGUAAUACGGAAGAUCACAAUCUAUGCUUCGCAGCAAUGGUCGAUUUGUUUUCUCCGUUUUUGAACAAUCAACAAGACUGGAUCAACUUUUCGUAAGAUUUCCAUUUCAUGUGUUUACUUCCC